AUGAGUCAAAAUAAAAGGAUUUGCAAAUGCCCUAAAAAACUGCAACAUAUUUGCAAACACGCUAAAAUAACAGAAUGUAAAGAUGUAGCUGAAAUCAUUGAGGCCUUAACCUACCAGGCUGAAAGUAAAAAAGUUCAUAAAAUAAAAACUCCACAUUUUAAGACAAAACCUUUUAAGCCACGACACUAUAAGGAUACGUGUGUUCCUAUGGUUCCUUCUAUGCAUACAAGGUUAAGAUACAUUGGCCAUUGCUCUUUAGAGCCACAGAAAGAUAUGAUGUCAAGACAAGCAUAUUCUGGUUAUGAUUUCGAAUCGUCAGAAGAAGAAGAAGGUGGUGGUAUUCUAAAAAAGAGAAAGAGAAAAGAAAAAUAUAAAAAGAAAGUACGAUAUUUCGAUCUUCUACCAGGGGAGGUGUUGCUUCCGCCACCCGUACCAGUGAUAAAACAUUCGCCGUCGGAUAAGUCUAUUUUCAAUGUACCGAGUCCUAAGACCAGUGGCGAAGUAAUCCAAGCCCAAAAAGCAACUGUUGUAUCAGAAGAUUAUAAACCACCUUUGCCACCGAAAUCUGGCUAUGAGCUGUUCAAACCACAUAGCGGAAUAAUAGUAAAUAAAGAAAAGUCCUUCAUCCCCGACGUAGUACAUAUACCGGGUCCAAGAAAAGUUAGCGAUAAAGAGAAGAAAUUACCGUGUCAUAAAGGCGGGGUUUGCUACAGAAAAACAUGCCCUAGAAAGAAAUGUCGAAGGUACGCAGCACUUAGAAAACGUAAAACGAAAGGAAAAUCUAGAUAUUCCGGAGAUGUCCCGUAUACAACAUUGGGAUCUAUGGGCGAAAAGUCAAGAGCUAGAGGCACUCAGAAACACUUAAAAGACGAUGAUUCUGUUUGCGGCCUUGAUGAUAUACCAAGACCGGAACAUGUCCGUAUACCUGUCAAUCUCAAACGCGGGACUCUACAAACUCAUUCUUUAACAGUGUUACCGUGUACAAAGGAACGUAAACCAGAAAUUCAUUAUGGGAUACUUACUGGAUCUUUUAAUAUGUACGAUGCAAAAUUCAGUGGUAGGUCUAAAGGACGACAAGCCCUUACAAUGAGUGUCAUGGCAUAUUGCUUAGCUUUUCAUUAUCAUCCUAAGCAAUGGACGAUGAAAUUAGUUGAUAACUUGAUAGACGCUGGUGACCAAUGGUAUAUACAAUGCUUAGAAAAAGUCCAUGACCAUUCGGCGGUUCAAGGAAUGUGUGAAGUUUUACCGUUUGGCAAGAAACAAACUUUGGUGUUAAACGGUAAACGAAUGCAAGUUCUUCUCGGCGAGCCUGAUAUUGUAGGGUAUACGAUGUCUUUAGAUCCCACAGUUUAUAACCUUUGUAGAGGUCUCAAAGCUUUCUUUAAAGAUAACCGUGCUGGAAUUUUACUAACGAGGGUGCUAAAAGUCGUAAUAUGGAAGGAUAGAAUAUGCUACUAUAUAUUUGAUCCAGCUGGUAGAGAUUCUAGAGCAUAUUCCAAUUUUACUAACGGUUGCGCAGCUCUUAUUAAUGUUAAGGACUUGGACGCAGUGGCAGAAGUUCUAUUAGCAAGAAGCGUAGUAGAAGAUCAAAAAUUUCUUUUGGCUUCAGUUAAAGUAUUAAAAAUGGUUGACGAAAAGUGUGAUGAAGAUUUUGAAUCAGAUAAAGAACUUACACAAACGGAAAAAGCUAUGAUGGGUUAUAGAAUUCUAAAUGAAAAUUGUGCCAUAGUAAAUGCUAACAUGCAUUUGGGCGAUAAAUGUUUCGAAGAUGCUAAAUACCGUCAAGCAUUGACAAUUGCUGUAGUAGCAAUGACUUAUGCGAAAAUUUCUCCUCCCAAUACAUGGUUUUCUAAAACAUUAGAUAAAAUCUUACGAUUAGGCAAUAAAUUGUAUGUCGAUUGUGUUUAUCCAAAAGUAAUGAUUGAUAUAACUAUUGAUAAUAUACCGAAUGAAAUCACUGUUGGUCCAUAUGCAUGUGAAAUAAUCAUAUAUCGAGAACGGGUUAAAGGACAAUUGUUUACUACAAAAGAAUGCCUACUCAAUAUACGGACAGGCUUAGAAGAAAUCUUUAAUCACGAGUAUAACAGUGGUAUUUUAGAGUUCAAUAAUUAUGUUCUAGCAGUUUGGAGACAAAAAGAUAUGUACUAUUUGUUUGACCCAUAUCCGAGAACAAAUGAUGGACUUAGAUCAUUCAAAGGUGGAAAAGCUUGUUGUUUUAUGCUUUUAAACCCAGAAACAGUGGCAGAUGUUUUCACAACGAAUUGGGAUUAUUUACCAGCGACGACACAGUUUUGUAUUCAUGCAUUUAAAGUUUUAAAACUGAAGAAAAAGGAACACAAAGCUCAAAUAAUGUGUACAUUGAGUGACGAACAGUUACCCGGUGUUAAGAAAGUGAAGCGAAAAGUCUUGCCAAUGAGUCAAUCUCGUGGUGAUGGUAAAGAGCUAUUCCAUGACGUCUUCCCCGUUGAAGAUUUUAAACAAAUUUCAGUUAGGCCGCAAGUUGAUGAAGAGCAAAUGGGAGAAAUAAUUUCUUUGGUUGAUAGCAUUCAAGAAGAUUAUCUACCACCAAUACCCUUAAGAUAUAAAAAUUUGCCUCCAGAGCCGAUAGCGGAAAAAAUAGUGAACCUAGACUCGCCGACGGUGUCGGUGACGCAGGUAGUCCCGCCGUGGCCGCGGCCGCGAGACAAGACUAACGAGCCGCCCGAGCCCGACCCGGAGCCCGAGCCCACCCCUCCACCCACUCCACCCCCAGCUCUGCCUCCAGAGGGUGCUGAAGAAGAGGAGGAAGAAGGUGACGAAGACGAUGAAGAAGCAAUUUCUAAGAAAAAGAAAGAAGAGGAAGAAAGAAAGAGAGCUGAAGAAGAAGCUCGGAGGAAGGCCGAAGAACUUCCACCUCCUCUACCACCGCCACCGCCGUCGCCACAACCAGAACCAGAACUACCGUUAGCGCAACCAAUACAAAUUGUUGAAGAUGAAGUCCAAACCAUGCCACCUGUGAAGGUAGACCGUGAAGUUCUACUCACGGAAGACGCCCAAUAUCGAUUUAAAUUGAGACAAAUCCGGAAGAAAAUGACUCCACCUUUAGUAGAGACGGAAUUGGAAGUAACAGCCGAGGACGAACUUUCGAAACCGAGUAACUUUAAAAGUUUACCAGAUAACACGCAAAUAAUAAGAGGAACGUCUGCAAUAGCUGAUGGAAAGACUAUAGAUAUUUUACCUUUUGCUGCUAUCAUGGCAGUUGUUACAUCCUAUAAGUAUUCAGUGAAUACGUGGACGGUAGGCUUAGUAAAUUUCGUGGUGGAAACGGCAAAUAAAUUAUAUCAAAACAAAAAAGAAAAGUUUCAACUCGCCCCUCUUCAUAUUAUACCGAAGAUAGCCAUUGGGCAUCAAGCAUAUCAUGCUACUAUAGACGUGGUUGGAGAAGGCGCGACGUGGCAACUAGAAGAUGUUUUAACUCGAAAAUAUUUACCCAAAUAUGACAGAGGAAUGAUAACCACAGUGGCUUAUAGCUGCGCAUUUUUUAAAAGAAAUAACCUGUAUUACUUAUAUGAUGCCAGUUCUUGUAAUGCUAUGGGCUUAAGAGAAAACAACAAUAAAGGAAAGGCGUGUUUUCUUCGAUUCCAAUCAUUACAUGAUUUAGUAGUUAGAGUGUUAUACAACAAAGAUGGGAAAACUGAAGAUCAACAGUUUAUACUAAGUAGAAUAAUAGUUAGAAGACUCUUAACUGAGCCAAGAUUAAAAUUACCUGAAGAUUAUGAUUUCGCCACUGGUACACCGAAGUCUAAAAAGUCCAGAUAUUCACUUGUAGAAUCUCCUAAAGUGUCGGAUAAGAAAAAGUCAUCCACCGUGACGACGACCGAGGCGAAGAGUGGAACAUUAGUGGGAUAUCAACAAAUUAAUGGAAUUUAUAGAAUUGAAGGUACAACAGCCUUGAGCGACAGAAAAGCUAGUUCUGACGUAAAAUCAUGUCAUUUUGUAUGCUUAAUCGCUAUGUUAAUGGCAACAAUGCACCCUAUCCGGACGUGGGACCAGGUAAUGGUAGACACUUGCGUAGAAAAAGGUUUAGAAAUUAACGAAAAGGCUACAAAUUUGAGUAUUUGUGAGAAAAGAGUAAUAAAAAAUUUGAUAUUAGACGGUAAAUUCGUUAAUGUUAAUAUUAAAAAGAUAAUUGUUGUUAAUGAAAACCCGGAAAAACGAUUAGAACAAUAUUUGAAAGCGGUGCUCAAUAGGCUCAGAUAUGUCAUAAUAAGAUUUCCUACUUGUAGUAUGGUAAUUUGUCAGACCGAGGGAUAUUACCACUUGUUUGAUCCAUACCCGCCACCCGUUGAAAAAGCAGAACCAGGAUUGAUGAAAGAGGAUAAAAAGAAAAGUGAAGGUAUCGUGUCAUCUGCCACCCCUCAAAAAUUAAAUGCAGUCGCUGGCUGGACACUAUACGGCUCCAUUGAUUCACUAAUACACAGAAUAAACAAAGUAGUUGCAGUUACGAACUCUCCAGAAUUUUAUACAUUUGAGUUAACUUCUAUUAAAAAUGCUCCACGCCGUUCGGCGCUCAACUACAGGCUUAGUCCUCUUUUCAAGCCGGACGUCAAUCCGAACUUGCAAUACUUAAAACGAAGAAGGAUUCGUCCGAUUGUGGACGAAAAGAUUUACUGGCUAAAUAUUGAGUCUGUACCUUGGUCUCGUAUGAAUACAGUAAACGAUCUAGGUUUGGAAAGAAAAACUCCUAAAACUAUGUGGAAGGAUUGGGAUAUUGAAUUUCCCGGAGAUCUUUAUUCCCUUUGGGGAACUAUACAUCCUCUGGAUGCGAAAUUUGAAGAGGCUCAUCGUGGGAAACAAUAUUUAGCUACAUGUGUUAUCGCCCUUGUAAUGACAAAGGCGUGUAACUUGAGUGCCUGGACUAGUAGUCUCUUAGAUGGUAUAGUUGAAUCAGGCAAUAAUUAUCACAAAAAAUGUCAUGAUAAAAUUGCUGGCAAUAAAAACCACGAAAUCAGUCUUGAUGACUUAGAGACAAAAUAUGAUGAAAUGUAUCCUUAUUCGUUCACAGUAAAUUUCGAUAAGGUUAUAUUCGGAUUCUUAUAUAAUAUUUACCCUGACAGAUUUAAUCUUAGCAAGGCUUUAGUUUACUUUUUCGAAAAUAAUUCUUUAGGAAUAUUAAUGAGUCCCGCAAAAAAUUUAGCAUUUGGUAAAUUGGAUAAUUCGUAUUUUAUGUUUGAUUGUCAGACUUAUGGAUUACCAAUAUUUAGCCCUGGUCAAGGUGCCUCUUACAUAUUAAAAUGCGAAAGUCUCAAUAGAUUAAUAUACUGCAUAACAGUAACAUUGAAUAUUAGGCGACAUGGACAACAAUUUCAUUUGUCUAGUGUAAAUGUGAACCUGUCUGAAAAAAGUAAAUAAAAUUAUUAAAACAA